GGUUGGGCCUUUCGAAUGGACGCGAUGUAAGCAAAAACCGAAAGGGAUGAUACAAAAUUAAGGUAGAAAAAAUGGAAGUGAAAGUUUGAAUCGCCGGAGAAGAUGAAGCUGAAGCAGUUGGAAGGCCUCCUCGGUGGUCUCCAGCAGUUCCCUAAUCCCAAGCUGGAGCUUGAACAGUACCCAACGGGACCCCAUAUCGCUUCUCGAAUGCUUUUCACUGCAGAGAAUUCUUUUGAGGAUGUGAGUAGCAAAGUAGUGGCUGACUUUGGAUGCGGUUGUGGUACCUUGGGUGUUGCAGCUGCACUGUUGAGUGCAGAACAUGUUCUCUGCGUUGACAUUGAUCCAGAAUCUCUUGAAAUAGCAUCACUUAAUGCUGAGGAACUUGAGCUGGACAUGGAUUUUAUUCAUUCUAAUGUCUUGGACUUGGGAUGGAGAGGUCCAAUUGUUGAUACAGUUAUAAUGAAUCCUCCAUUUGGUACUCGGAAAAAGGGUGCAGAUUUGGAUUUUCUCUCUGUUGCUUUAAAGGUUGCUUCUCAAGCUGUUUAUUCCUUGCAUAAGACUUCAACAAGAGAUCAUGUGAAACGAACUGCGUUAAGGGAUUUCAAUGCUAGCAGUGCUGAAGUUUUAUGUGAGCUUCGAUAUGAUGUACCGAAAAUGUACAAAUUUCACAAAAAGAAGGAAGUAGAUAUUGCUGUGGACCUCUGGCGUUUUGUACCAGCAAGUCAUCAGAGCAGAAGUAUUUGAUGCAGACAAGGAUAGUGUGUAUUGGAAUAGAUGAUAAAGAUUGCAAGUGAAAAGAAAAAUUUGGGUAGCUAAAAAGGAACCUUCUCUAUGUAACUAGCUCUUGCACGUUAAAUUGAGAUGAUGCUACUUCGGUAGUUGUGUGUAUCUAUAAAUUCAAUAGUGGAGCAAGUUACCGUGCUGUCUGCUUAUGCAUACGUACAUGACAUCUUCCUGAAGUUAGUUAUAUAACUGUUUGUCAGAUUAUCCAACUUGGUGAUAAUGAAAAGAGAAAACAUUCUUCUGCAAA